GUUUCACGGGCGAAGGCGAACACAACAAGCUCAGUGCGCGAGCAAGCGUGAUACGGAAUGUACGUGUGGUGCGUCUUGCGCGGACGUUGACUCUGCGAUUUAUUUUUUUAUCUUACGAUUUAUACGCCCAGAAUUAAAAAGUAUUGGAGUAUACAGUCGAUAACCUAAAAAGAGUUUUUAUCAUAAAAGUUGACUUCGUGACAGUUCGCGCAGAAUUUUGACCAAAAUCUGUGAAUUUCCGUAUAGACGCGAAAAAGUGAAGGAGACAUUUCGAAACAAAGGACUGUUUUGUACAUUUUCGCAACGAUUGCGAAAUUGUGUUCAAAAAUACUGAUCUGGCUCAAUCGUGGAGGGCUAAUUAAAAAAAAAUUGCCCCUGGCCAACUAGUUCGGACACAAUCUGUGGUCACCGAACGACAAAACAAAAGCGUAACGAUUUACUAGAUUAUUACAAGGACCAUAUUUGUAAAGGUUUUCAUAAAAUUCUCGUUAAAAAGUAUCGUGAACUUUCAUCGGCUAACCUAAAAAUUACAGUGAUUUCGUCUACCUUACAAAUUCGUGCUUCAGUGGAUCAGUCAGUUUGCAGAUAUUUGAUACGAGAAAAUUAAGCACUAAAACCUGGAUUAAGUGUCGAGUUGGUUUUGCAUGAUGUCUACUGCCAUAAUGCAUCAGUCUGCGCUGUACGACUUUGGUGAUCUGUUCUUGAAGGUGAGUCCCGAUUACGAGUUGGAUGAAUUGGCGUUAAUUAACCAAUCUCGGCCAGUGCAGACGAUGAACGCCACACUGAGCGCGACCCUUGGCCCUGUGGGAGCUGGAGCAGUAUCUGGUGCAGUCAAUUGGGAACAGCAUCCAGUAUUAGCUCGCGCCGCUUCCGUGCCAGCUCACCGAGCCCUCGCCGGGCUGCUCGAUCGUCUCGGGCACCGCCGGCUCGAGCGCACCACCAGCGAACCCGCGCCACCCCCACCAGCCACAAGCAGAUACAAGACAGAACUCUGCAGACCUUUCGAGGAAGCUGGUGUAUGCAAAUAUGGCGAUAAGUGUCAAUUUGCGCAUGGAAUGCGCGAACUACGCAACUUGCAACGCCACCCCAAGUACAAGACGGAACUGUGUCGCACAUUCCACUCAGUUGGAUUUUGUCCAUAUGGACCCCGGUGCCACUUCGUACACAACGCAGAAGAGGCGCGGCGCCGUGAACCGCCUUCUCCCGGUGGAUCCUUGGCGUCCCUGUCGUCUGGCGGCUCCCUAGCCUCCUACAUGAGCGACGGCUCGCGCUCCCCGCGCUCGCCCCACUCGCCGCUGGCCCCGCAGUCUCCCCUGGCGCCGCACUCACCUCCUGCAAUGUCUCCCCCUGCGCACGCCACGGCAUUCGCGUUCCGCCGCACGCAGUCUCCUGACCCUGAAGAAGAACGACUCCCUGUGUUCAAUCGUCUGUCAUCGGCGUUCGGGGACCUCGUUAUCGCCUAGAGCCUGCAACCGUUUAGUCCUAAGUUAACUUAUACCGAACAUAGCUUAAGGAUUGUCCGUCACAUUGUGCCUACUCGACGUCUUCCAGCCAGCGCCCGAGCGGCGUCCCGCUCGUCGCGCUUCGCGCACACGCACACCCGCUCAACGAAUGAUCUCCAGUUGUCGAUGCUAUUUUGCUACUUCGCCUUGUAAUUUAUAAAGUUAACGAACGAAGUGUUUUCUGGCGUCUCGAAAGUUUGCGGUGUGAAGUAUAGUGGUUUCGUACCUACAUUUUUAGUUAUCGGCACGCACUUGUAAAUGGCACCUUAUAAUAUUAGAUAUUUAUUGUGUAGCUCGCGGAAGUCUUCCCGAUGAUCCUCCGCCGAGCGGUGGUCUCUGUAAAGUUAGCUUAUAGAACAUUUUAUUUAUUUCGUACUGCCUAUCCGCGCUCGGUACUGUACCGCGAGAAGGCGCUCGUGAUCUAUUUUUAAGGGUUUAAGAUAAUAAUUUAUUAUUUAUUUUGAGUCUCUUUAACUGUAAUAAUUAUUUUAUUUUGUAACUAGCAGCUGCGAUGCCGCACCGCAUACGGACGAGGCCUGCGUCGACGGGACGUGGCUCGUUACCAUACAUAAAGUCGACUGAUUCUGCGCCUGAACUCAAAUGUUACUUAUAUUGCAUAUAUUAAUUAUAACAACAACCGAUUUACACGCUACGGGCGGAAUCAGUCGAUUUACUACUCGGGAGCUCGAUGGUCUUGUGGAUCAAAGUAUUCCAGUUUAUUAUUCUCGAAUAAUUAUUUAUUGUAGUCGACCUCGGCAAGCUAAAACCGAAAGUGCUCAUUUGCGGCCGCGUGCCGUACGAUAAUCUCCGGCUAGUCGACAUCGCUAGCGAUCUCCUCGGCGGCCCAUCUGAGCACUAUCGGCACGACUAGUCUGCCGAGGAAUAUUAUUUUUUUUUCAUUUUGCCUCGUGCGAGGAGGACGAGAUGCGGCCUGAAACCGGUCCCAAGUUUGGGUGAUUAUUUUCGUAGUGGUCGCGCCGAGUCCCUCUCGGCGCGCGGCGCUCGCGUCCGCCUCGCAAAAAGCAUCGGGACCGGAGCUCCCGAGCACUGGCCCGCCGAACUCCCGAGUUGUAUCGAUAAACCUGUAUAAAGAUAUGACACAAUAAUAUAUGAAACAUGUUUAUACAAUUGUUGCCGGCGAGCGGUCGCCGCGCGGGGCGGGGUCGGUGCUGCGGACAUGUCGCGCUCGCCCGCGCUCCGCAUCAAGUGUGCCUUUUACUUUAUUAACGAGAUAAAUCGAUUUAUUUAAUUUUUAGUUGAUCGAGAUAGAUUAUUGUUUAUUUAUUGUCUCCUUUUGAAUAUAAUAUUCAAAUUGGCACAGUUAUUAGGUACUUUAGUCCUACUUUGACAGAACUAAGUGAUUAGUUUCCAAGUAGCAUAGUUUUCUUUUGAAUUUAAAGUGUGAUAUUUUAUAAUAUUUAUAUAAAA